AUGUGCACGCUGGACAUAUCCCAGAACUUCCUUUGCUUCAGCACCAGAGCCUCUCAGUCGUCUGAUCUCGUGUCGGUGGUCAUUCCUUGCCUGGAUGUGGUACGCGCCACUCCUGUAGAGUACACGGAUGUUACCAACGCCGUCCACGUGCACGCCCAUGGGGGCAAUGACUUUAUCUUUGGCAAUUUAACGGACAAGAUCCGUCAGGUCAUGGUCAAUGCCAUACUACGCACCACAGUCAACAAGAAGGACACCGGCCCCAGCGGCGGAGUACCCGGAGGUGCAUUUGGGUCCACUUCUGUGUUCAGACUGAACAGCGAAGGGAGCCGAUCUAUUAAUAGCACAAACGACUCCUCAGAACAAUUAGCCAAUGAGAACUCUUCCCAAAAUAGCACGGAUGACGAUCUACAACUUCAGCCCGCGCUCAUGUCCAUAUUUGGUCUGGCGCUCAUACCUACCAACGGCAGUCUGUCUGAGGGACAAAUCAUCACCAAAUCACCUGCAACAACGCUUAAAUCCAGGACAGACACUGACACCACCUUCAGAAAAGCCUCCAGCGUACUCAGCACCAACUCACUGACCGUCUCACGGUAG